GCCGGAAAUGGAGCCAGACCCUUUGGACAAGGAGGAUCUCCUGACCCAGCUGGGGGUUUGGUUUCAAACCCAGAUCAAGACCAGGGAGCUGGCCAACCAGAUGACCCUAAACCUGCUGCACUGCCUGACAGAGCUGCACGUGGACGAGGUGACCAAGGUGGUGGCCCCGGAGAUCAAGAGGCUCAACCUGUUCAAGAUGAAGCUAAGCGUGGUGGACUGUGCCACCCUGUACUACGUGCUGCAGUUCUCCCCCCAUCGCCUGGACGAACUCAACCUGGGAUACUCCAACAUCGGGAACCGUGGCCUGCACCGGCUGGGGCCCAUCCUGCACCGCUGUGAGAGCCUCUUUUUGCGCUACAACUGUUUGGAUCAGGAGGCAGCCAUUUUGGAAUCUGCAGUUCUGAAAUCGGAGGACUGUCAGGUGAAGAAGCUGUUCAUAUGCGGGAAAAGCCUGGGGUCGGAGGGCGUUCUGGAGCUCUGGCCGGCCCUGGAGCACAACGUCACGGUGGAGGAGCUGUACCUGGACAUCACUGGCAUCACGGAGAGAGGAACAGAGACCAUGGUGAAGUGCCUGACCAAGAACUCCACCCUGAAGACCCUCACGCCGCCCAACAGGUUGCGGUUUGUUCGCAGCCUGGUGGGGAACGAGAUCGGCGAGGCUGGGAAGGACAGGCUGGGGGAGCUGAGGCGACGCAGGCCGGAGCUCCACAUCAUCGGGGACUUUGUGGACGACCUGGGCCUGCUGCAGGCCUACCUGGACUGGGUGGAGGAGAUCCGGGCGGACCGGGACCAGAUGGACUCCGUGCGGAACGUGGACGCGCUGCAGUCCGUGCUGAAGGGCCUGAGAGUGACAGGGGCCCGUGGCGAGGGGCAGAAUGCACAGAAAGCCAAGGAACCCCGAGUCCCCUUCGUAAUGGCAUUUAUUCUCAGUAUGAUGGGGUUUUUUUGGGCUUUUUCCUAGAUGUUCCUCCAAAAGAUCAAAACGGUGAACCAACUGAAGUGAAAGCCAGCACCUCCAGGAUCAAACAAUCUGGUAAAAGGAUUUUGUCAACAUAGUAUAUGUUGCACUGUAGCAAUAAUUGCCUCUGCACACAUUUCAGGACUAAAUAUUGUGAUUUCAGGCCUGCUAGUGCUCCUGGUGCUGCUUUUUGCUCGUUUUGGAUAUAUCUGGACACAGUGAGAUGUUGCCUCGGAGAGAAUGCUGCACCAUCCGAGGCUAUCUGAUUGUAAGACAGACUGGAACUAAUGUCUUUACACAGAUGGGAAAAAUAAACUUUAAUGCUUAAUGUUAAA